GGGGCAGUUUAAGCGGUUUAUCUCCAUUUAUCUCGUUUAUCUCGCUCUGAUUGCAAUGUUGGCAAUGUAGGCAUGUGCCUAAUCCGCGCAGGCGGUAUGAGUUCAAGCGAGGGUCAUCAUAGUUCGGAUGCUCUUCGAUAAACUCGGGCGUGGCGAAAUCGAACUCGUGAGCAGCGCUCUUACUCAAGCGGAUAAAAAGAGAGAAGCGGAAAACAAUUCGGGGGCCGGAGGAGAAGCGAGAAGGAGCUUGCACAACAUCCGCCUUGACCGCUAAUGAAACCUGCGCAAAACAGACCACUUGAUCGCUUCACGCUGCGCUUCACAUUGAGCAUUUGAGGACACCCCCGCCGACGGAACGAAUUUGGAAAUCGUCGCUGUCGCGGCGACGAAAAAACUUUUCGCGACCCCGAAGAGAACGAGAGAAGAAAAAGAAAAAAAGCCCUGAAAAACGAGAUGAAGGAAAGGAAAUGCCGCUGCUGAAUUUUGAGAAGACGACGGCGGCAUGCGAAUGGUGUGGUGUGCAAAGCGGACUUUGGUGAUGUGUGCAAAGGGUGAGCUAGCGUCUCUUUAAAUUCAGCCUUAGGAGAAAAAAAAAGUUUGUGAGUCGUCCUUGUUCCCUUGGAAGCCUCGGAAGGGUCCGGGCAUGCCCUUUUACGCUUACUCCUCGCUCGUGUCAAGCUCUCCGGCGAUACCCCGUGCCAACAGAUAACGGUCUUCGAUAGCGAUCUCGGAGGGAAAGUGAGCGAACUGCACGGAGCGGCUGGCUCCCCGCUACCCCCUCCCUACGAAAAAGAGAUCGUCGGGAUCCACACAUUGCUCAGCUGACCCCCGAACUAACUGUAGGACACAACGUGCAGUUGGUGCUAUGCUCGGUUAAGUGGUGGGGUCCCGUGCUGCCGAUCCCCCCACAGAGACCCCCCGAUUUCUUCUACAGGCUGGUUUCCAGGGGAGAAUUGGCGGCCACGUGCUCGGAGGGGGAUGUGGACGGAGCCCGCAGGUCGGGCGCGGCAGUCGAGGCCCCGCUAGGGCGGCCGGCGCGGCGGGGCAAGAUGGGGUGCUGCCACGCGGGGCGCAAGAGCCGCCUCCUGCUCAUGUUUGGCAUGACCACGGCCUUCUUCCUGGUGGAGAUCAUCGUAGGCUAUGUCACCAACUCCAUGGCCCUGGUGGCCGACUCCUUCCACAUGCUCUCCGACGUCAUCUCCCUGGUCAUAGCCUUCCUCUCCAUCAAGAUGUCGCCCAAGAAGUGGUCCAAGAACACUUUCGGGUGGGCACGUGCGGAGGUGCUGGGCGCCCUGGUGAAUGCGGUGUUCCUGGUGGCCCUGUGCUUCUCCAUCCUGGUGGAGUCCCUCAAGCGCUUCUACAAGCCCGAGGUGAUUGACGAGCCCAAACUCAUCCUGUACGUCGGCGUGGCCGGUCUGCUGGUCAACCUCAUCGGCCUCUGCCUGUUCCGAGAACACGGCCACAGUCACAGUCGGGGCCACCACCACAGCCUACCCACGGUAGAAGAGGUGGUCCUGCACAGCAUGGAGGACGACAUCAACGAGAACCGCUUCCGACUCGGGGAGCAGGGCACGCUUCCGCAGACGGACACCCAGGUGACAGGGGGGCAGCUCAACAUACGCGGGGUGUACCUCCACAUCCUGGCGGACGCCCUGGGCUCCGUCGUGGUCAUCAUCAGCUCCCUCAUCAUCUGGCUCACGACUUGGGAGCACCGGUACUAUGUGGACCCCGCGCUCAGCCUGGUGAUGGUGUGCCUCAUCAUGAAGUCCACAGCUCCACUGCUGGUGGACUCUGCGCUGAUCCUGCUCCAGACGGUGCCGACGCACAUCCAGAUGGACUCGCUGCAGAAGAAGCUGCUCCAGGAGGUGGAGGGGGUGCUGGCAGUGCACGAGUUCCACGUCUGGCAGCUGGCCGGCGAGCGCAUCAUCGCCUCGGCCCACAUCCGCUGCAAGAACCUCCAGGACUACAUGCAGAUUGCCGAGCGGGUCAAGGAGUUCUUCCACAACGAGGGCAUCCACUCCACCACCAUCCAGCCCGAGUUCGUCCAGCUCGAGGGAGAGAGCAACGACAAAGACUGCGUGCUGGACUGCCCAAGCCGCACCAACUGCGUGGCCCAGACGUGCUGCGGGCCACGUGGGAAAGACGCCAGCCCAGAGGGCUCCCCGGGGGGCGACGCCCCAACGCUACGACAGCGCCCCACGCCAGAGGGCGUACCCGCGUGAAGGGCGCCAAUAAAGGCGCCUUUCACGCAAACAUCUUUCCCGGGUUCAUGAGGUUCUUUGGGUCUACGGCGUUCUUAAGCCUCCUGAGGAGCGCCACGCCGUCUUCGCCGAGCUCUUCGACGAGGAGCUUCUGCUUUCCGACGCCGACGCCGUGCUCGCCCGUCGACGUUCCGCCGAGCUGCAGCGCACGUUCGGCGAGCUGGUGAGCCACGUCGGUCACCUUCUUGACGUCGGCAGGGUCCUUGGGGUCGAAGAGCAUCAUGGUGUGGAAGUUUCCGUCCCCAACGUGCCCCACCACGGUCGCCAGGAUCCCCUUCUCGGCAAUGUCCGCCUUAGCCAGCGCCACGAGCUCAGGCAGCUGGGAGAUGGGGACGCACACGUCGGUGACGUAGCAGCGCGUGUUGGGCCGCAUGGCGCACGUGGCAUAGAAGAUGGCGUGGCGCGCCUUCCAGAGCCGGCUCCGCUCCUCGGGCUCCUUGGCCCACCGGAAGUCAGUGCCUCCGUUGCCCUCGGCGAGCUCGAUGACAGUCUCGACCUGCUCGCGCACGGCUUCCUCGGACGCCCCAUGGAACUCGAGGAAGAGGGUUGGGGACUCUACGAAGUCGGUCUUGCUGUACCUGUUGCACGCGCGGAUGGUCAUCUCAUCGAGGAACUCAAUGCGUGCCACGGGCACGCUGCACUGGAGCACUUGGACCACGGCCUCGAUGGCCGCGUUGACGGUGGGGAACGGGCAGACGGCCGCCACGGUCACCUGGGGUGCCGAGUGUAGCCGCAGGGUGGCCUGGGUGAUGAUGCCCAGCGUCCCCUCAGAGCCGACGAAGAGGUUCGUCGUGUUGUAGCCGGCGGAGGUCUUGCGUGAGCGGCGUCCCUUCCCCGCCGUGUACACGAUUGUUCCGUCGGGGAGCACCACUUCGAGGUUGAGGACGUUCUCGCGCAUGGUGCCGUAGCGCACAGCGUUGGUGCCCGAGGCGCUGGUGGCGCACAUGCCGCCGAGGGACGCAUCGGCGCCGGGGUCGACGGGGAACCAGAGGCCAGUGUUGCGAAUCUGGCCGUUGAGGUUGCGCCAUGUGAGGCCCGGCUCGACGACGACGUCGAAGUCGCUCGCGUGGAGCUCCACCAGCUGGUCCAUCUGGGAGAGGUUGAGGCAGACGCCACCCCUGGACGCCUGGACGCCACCCUCCAGGCCGGACCCGCUGCCAAAGGGCAUCAUGGGCACGUCCUUCUGGUAGCACAGGCGCGCCACCUUGCUCACCUGCGCCGUAGAGACAGUGCCCCUGUGCCCGAGUGCCGUACGUUCCAUGACAGACGGAUGCCUUUAAGCUACUGACCUCGUUGCGUCGCGAUGCAAUUAAUGUACAAGCUCCAGGAAGAGUUUUAAUAAUGGUGUGUGAACCAAUGUGGGAUGGGCACUUAACGCGUGUCUGUGCUUAAGGUCGAACAUCGCAAAGCAAUUUUCUGCCUUGCCGUAGUGCUUUAAUGACUCUGGAGGUUUCAAAUAUUUUUUUAUACAUGCUUUAUACUUUUCGGCAUUGUGCAAAACAUUUUUUCUCUACUAAUAUAUUAUGUAUAGAUGGAAAAGAAAAUCUGCAGUAAAGCUUGUGGUGCCAC